UUUACAUGCCCAACAGCUUUGUGAGGAGCUCGGAAGUAGUCAGAGUGAAACAAAAAGAACCGAACCCAUUAAAUAAACACCGAGAACAAUGUGAACGACGAACUGUGCUUCAUUUACAGCUAACCUGACGCAGUUUAACAUACGCUGUGCUGGACCGUGUUAAUAUGUGACAGCGAGCUCCACUGAAGUUACUUUAAAACUAUUUAAAGACAGGUGACUGUGACCAUGUCUUCACCUCAGGUCAACGCUGGACUCGGAAGUUCAGCCAACGCCGUCGAGGUCGGACUCGUUUGCCAGGGAGUGAACAACCAGAGCUACAUCUGUGAAUCUGGCCACUGCUGUGGACAAGCAGAGUGCUGCAGUAACAUCUAUGAACUGUGGUGGUUCUGGCUCGUGUGGGCUGUGAUUAUUAUCCUGACAGGCUUUUGCGUGUGUCAACACUGGCGGGCCAAGCAGCGUUUCCAGCAGCAGCGCCGGCAGAACGAGAUCAACCUCAUUGCCUACAGGGAGGUUCACAACAACUCUCAGCUUCCCCUCUAUCUCCGACUUUUGCCUGUCUACCUGCUACCACCCUAUGAAGAGACAAUCAACCGACCAGCAACCCCUCCACCUCCGUACACACCUCUCCAGUUGGUACCACCGUCCUGUGACCCUCCCGAGGAAGUCUAUAGCCCCCACUCAGCUGUCUUCAUUCCAUGUGACGCUAAUGCAGCACUCAAUGGGACUCCAGAGAUCACGCAGUUCUAUUCCAGCAGUACCAACGGCCUUAACAAGGACCCAACAGCAGGCCGGUACCGGCGCUUCACUGGGGAUUCUGGGAUUGAAGUGUGUGAAGGCCAGGACCAUCCAUGGGAUCAGCAUGAGUUUUUUGACAGAGAAGAAACGUUAGAAGAGGAGGGCUUGAGGGGAAAGGAUGAGCCAGACGACUGUACUGAUGCCCAGACUGCUGAACGGAGUCCUGCUGGUGCACCUACAGCUGAUAACACCCAAACAAAGUCUCCUGGAUGAUGAUGUCUCUCUUGUAUUUUUGGAAUAUUGCACCUUUUGUACUAAGAUGUAUCUUUCUGCAGACCUCUUUAUUCAGGCUGUGGGUAUUUGGUUCAUUAACCUAAUAGUCUGAUCACUUGAUUUGUACAGAAAUACUUGAAAAUGGUCAGUUUUUAGUCUUAAUCCACAAGACUAUGUGGAUUAUGAACAGAAUGGGCCUUAAAAAGGAUAAGGGUUGGUGUAGAACACUAAGUAAUAACCCAGUUAGAAGGGAAAAGAAAUGCAGUUGUACAUUAUAGACCAGCUGUAAGCUGAUGUGAAGAGCAGCCUCAACCUGUUGAGUUAGCUACAUGAUCCACCCGUCUCAGAUUCCUCACUACAUUACCAAAGAGAAUGUCAAAGCGUGUGGGGUGACAUAUUUCACGUUCACUGGGGCGGACGUGGAUCAUGUAGAGUUAGAUUUUCCAGGAUGCCUGAAACAACUGAGUUUAUUUUUUUUCUCCAACACAAUCUGAGCCUCACCUUACCAUGUGCUGUUUUAAGAUAAUUAUCUACCAGCUUCGGGAGAAGCACUGAAACUCAGUAUGAACAGGGCCAAAAUAAUGAGUCUUUUCAUGUGUACUGUAUUUCAGAUUUUAUCUCAACCAUACGUCUCAUUAGUAAUCAGAUUGUAUGUGUGUUUGUUUGCUUUUUUUAAUAAAUGUAUUUUAUCAUUUUAAAUGUGUUACUAAAACAAUGGCCCUACGCUUUGCUUUGUCCAGCAGACCUGGCCUCUUGGCUGUUGAGAAACGAUUGCUUCCUGGAGGUGUGACCUCUGUUGAAGCUUUGAAUUUUAUCUGAUUGCUAGCUCUUCCUGUGGCUUGUGUGUUUGUGGCACUUCGAUACUAUGAAGCCUGCACUGUAAACUGCUAUCCUUCACUGUGAAGUGCCAACAUUUAAUGUUUGGAAGCGUGACCGACACGGACUGAACGACUUCCUUCACUUCCUCUGCAGCCAUUGCUAAAUCUACAAGGAGACUCCAAUUCUAAAAUGGUGCACAAAUUCAACUGCAUCGUUCAGAACUUCUGAUUUCUGAAUGGCCUGGUUGAAAUUCUACGGGAGGAAUCCAAGUAAAUGUUAAGCCUGAUGUUGAGGCCGUCUAAAAGGUGUUCAGUUGACAGAAAAUCUAAAAAUAUUUCUGGGUAACGGGAAGACAUUGCAGAUGAAAUACUAUUUAAACCCACAACUAUAGUAUCCUAAAAACAACAAAACAAAAAAAAGUGCAAUUAAACUGAAUAUUUGCACUUCCGUUUAAUCCAAUUGAAGUCAGCAGCUCCAGAAGCGGCCCCAGGAUUUUGGGGCCCAUAAAUCUUAGCAUUUUAUCAAAGGCCACAGAUAUAUAAAUAAAACUUAAUGAAUUGAGAUUGUAAAUGCUGCUAAAUUUGAUUUAAUGGUUUCAGCAUACAUAAAUUAAAAGAUUUCAAAUUGUUCAACAUUUAAAUUUCAGAUUUUAAGGAGCUGACAAACUUUGUAAAAAUUCAAAGAACAACAUUCAUGGUUAGAUUGUUUUGGUACCACAACGACAAUCUGAUACUAUGAGUUCAAUCUUUGAGUUUGAGCUCUGUUUGUUCACAAAUACAACUCAGCAAACUACAAUUAUCACAGAUUUUGUUUUAAGGUUCGCCAAUUAAACUACUUCUCCUCUCCCAAGCUGGUGUGUUUUGAAUAAACCAGGACAUAUUCCCAGAUCCAAAAGGUCCAAGCAGAAUACAGCUAAAGUGUUGUGUGCUUUCAACGUUUUUAAUACUUUCUGUCUGCAUAUAAGUAAUUUUGCUUAUUCAAAACAUUCCUAAUACAUUUGUUGCAAAUACUUUGCAAUAAACUGUUUUAAAUAAUA